CGUCACCGCAGAGGCGAUAAAUAUCUGUUGAUAUAAUUGGACGUGAGAUUUGGGGUUGCGAUAGCGAAACUCGGCCCAUCGCCGCUCCGACGGGCCCCCAUGAUUUAUUCAGCAGUGGAUCGGGGCACGCAAUCGGGCUGUCAGGAGAGCGUCAGCUUAUUAGGCAAGUUCUGCGUGAUUCCAGGAGAGGGUCUAAGCUAUAAAAAUCCCGCGCCCCGGCUCUGAUUAGGACCAAAUCUGAUCCCAAGUUCGCCAGGAGCCGGCUCCGAGGGAGAGCGAGAGGGAAGGGACGCCGGGCACCGCCGAACCCUGCCGCUGCCUGCCCUGCCCUGCCGCCGCCGCCGCCGCCCCAGGUUUGGGCCCCGACCAUGAAGGUCCCGCUGCUGGUCUCCACGGGAAUCCUGCUGGUCGCCCUCCUGCCCUGCCAGGAGUGCAGAGCUCUCAGCAAGAGCCCGGUAGCCACCCACGGGGCUCUGCACCAGCCAGAUUUCUUCCAGCAGCAGCAGCAGCAAACUCUGCCCGUCCUGCUCCGCAUGGGAGAAGAGUAUUUCCUGCGCCUGGGCAACCUCAACAAGAGACCCGUUGGCUCUUUCUCCGCCUCUUCCAGCAGCACCAGCCACCUACAGCCCGAAGCCUCCGCCAGCAACUUUUUCCGGGCGGCGGUGCAACAGCUGCAGCAGCUGCCCGAGCGCUCGCUGGGGAGCCCCGAGGAGGGCGAAGCCGAGGGUGAGGCCGUGGAGAGGGAGAAGCGAUCCGAGGAGCCCCCUAUUUCUCUGGAUCUGACUUUCCACCUCCUGCGAGAAGUCUUGGAGAUGGCCCGAGCCGAGCAGUUAGCGCAGCAAGCUCACAGCAACAGGAAACUGAUGGAGAUAAUCGGGAAAUGAAACGGCCCCUCCCCGCCUUGCCAAAGAGAUUCCGCAGUUAGCACAAGAGUAAUUACACCGUCCGAUGUACCAUAGUGCUGCUCUGAUGUCAUCUCUUUAUUUUUAUAUAGCUUUAAACCUAGAAGGGUGUACUCCGAACAGCCUCUGUCCCUUGACUAGCAUGCACAACCGUGUACCAAGUGCAGAAACACGAGUGUCGUUUGUAACCUCCCCUACCUUUAUUUAUUUCUCCAUUUCCCAGUUAUUCUAGUGCCAUUGCUACGUAGGGAUGUGUGAGCAUUGG